AUGCAGGCUCCUGACGUGGGAUCUGUUUUUAGCCUCUCUGGGCAGUGGCCUGAGGUUUCACAGUCUGAGCUCAGAGUCCUGUGCUCCUCGGACUCACAGAGACUCACACAGACUCACAGAGACUCAGAGACCUCCACAGAGACUCACAGAGACUCACAGAGACUCUCAGAGACUCACAGAGACUCUCAGAGACUCUCAGAGACUCACAGAGACUCACAGAGACUCACAGAGACUCUCAGAGACUCACAGAGACUCACACAGACUCACAGACCUCCACAGACUCACAGACCUCCACAGACUUCCACAGACUCACAGACUUCCACAGACUCAGAGACCUCCACAGACUCAGAGACCUCCACAGACUCAGAGACCUCCACAGACUCACAGACCUCCACCUUCACAGACUCACAGACCUCCACAGACUCAGAGACCUCCACAGACUCAGAGACCUCCACAGACUCACAGACCUCCACAGACUCAGAGACCUCCACAGACUCACAGACCUCCACAGACUCACAGACCUCCACAGACCUCCACAGACUCACAGACCUCCACAGACUCAGAGACCUCCACAGACUCACAGACCUCCACAGACCUCCACAGACUCACAGACCUCCACAGACUCAGAGACCUCCACAGACUCACAGACCUCCACAGACUCACAGACCUCCACAGACCUCCACAGACUCAGAGACCUCCACAGACUCACAGACCUCCACAGACCUCCACAGACUCAGAGACCUCCACAGACUCAGAGACCUCCACAGACUCACAGACCUCCACAGACUCACAGACCUCCACAGACUCACAGACCUCCACAGACUCAGAGACCUCCACAGACUCACAGACUUCCACAGACUCACAGACCUCCACAGACUCACAGACCUCCACAGACCUCCACAGACUCACAGACCUCCACAGACUCAGAGACCUCCACAGACCUCCACAGACUCAGAGACCUCCACAGACUCAGAGACCUCCACAGACUCACAGACCUCCACAGACUCACAGACCUCCACAGACUCACAGACCUCCACAGACUCACAGACUUCCACAGACUCACAGACUUCCACAGACUCACAGACCUCCACAGACUCAGAGACCUCCACAGACUCACAGACCCCCACAGACUCACAGACCUCCACAGACUCACAGACCUCCACAGACUCACAGACCUCCACAGACUCACAGACCUCCAGAGACUCAGAGACCUCCACAGACUCAGAGACCUCCACAGACUCAGAGACCUCCACAGACUCAGAGACCUCCAGAGACUCACAGACCUCCACAGACUCACAGACCUCCACAGACUCAGAGACCUCCAGAGACUCACAGACCUCCACAGACUCACAGACCUCCACAGACUCACAGACCUCCACAGACUCACAGACCUCCACAGACUCACAGACCUCCACAGACUCAGAGACCUCCAGAGACUCACAGACCUCCACAGACUCACAGACCCCCACAGACUCACAGACCUCCACAGACUCACAGACCUCCAGAGACUCACAGACCUCCACAGACUCACAGACCUCCACAGACUCACAGACCUCCACAGACUCACAGACCUCCACAGACUCACAGACCCCCACAGACUCACAGACCUCCACAGACUCACAGACCUCCACAGACUCAGAGACCUCCACAGACUCACAGACCUCCACAGACUCACAGACCUCCACAGACUCACAGACCUCCACAGACUCACAGACCUCCACAGACUCACAGACCUCCACAGACUCACAGACCUCCACAGACUCAGAGACCUCCACAGACUCACAGACCUCCACAGACUCACAGACCUCCACAGACUCACAGACCUCCACAGACUCAGAGACCUCCACAGACUCACAGACCUCCACAGACUCAGAGACCUCCACCGACUCACAGACCUCCACAGACUCACAGACCUCCACAGACUCACAGACCUCCACAGACUCAGAGACCUCCACAGACUCAGAGACCUCCACAGACUCACAGACCUCCACAGACUCACAGACCUCCACAGACUCACAGACCUCCACAGACUCAGAGACCUCCACAGACUCAGAGACCUCCACCGACUCACAGACCUCCACAGACUCACAGACCUCCACAGACUCACAGACCUCCACAGACUCAGAGACCUCCACAGACUCACAGACCUCCACAGACUCACAGACCUCCACAGACCUCCACAGACUCACAGACCUCCACAGACUCACAGACCUCCACAGACUCACAGACCUCCACAGACUCACAGACCUCCACAGACUCACAGACCUCCACAGACCUCCACAGACUCACAGACCUCCACAGACUCACAGACCUCCACAGACUCACAGACCUCCACAGACUCACAGACCUCCACAGACUCAGAGACCUCCACAGACUCAGAGACCUCCACAGACCUCCACAGACUCAGAGACCUCCACAGACUCAGAGACCUCCACCGACUCACAGACCUCCACAGACUCACAGACCUCCACAGACUCACAGACCUCCACAGACUCAGAGACCUCCACAGACUCAGAGACCUCCACAGACUCACAGACCUCCACAGACUCACAGACCUCCACAGACUCAGAGACCUCCACAGACUCACAGACCUCCACAGACUCACAGACCUCCACAGACUCACAGACCUCCACAGACUCAGAGACCUCCACAGACUCACAGACCUCCACAGACUCACAGACCUCCACAGACUCACAGACCCCCACAGACUCAGAGACCUCCACAGACUCACAGACCUCCACAGACUCACAGACCUCCACAGACUCAGAGACCUCCACAGACCUCCACAGACUCAGAGACCUCCACAGACUCAGAGACCUCCACAGACUCAGAGACCUCCACAGACUCAGAGACCUCCACAGACUCACAGACCUCCACAGACUCACAGACCUCCAGAGACUCACAGACCUCCACAGACUCACAGACCUCCACAGACUCAGAGACCUCCACAGACUCACAGACCUCCACAGACUCACAGACCUCCACAGACUCAGAGACCUCCACAGACCUCCACAGACUCACAGACCUCCACAGACUCAGAGACCUCCAGAGACUCACAGACCUCCACAGACUCAGAGACCUCCACAGACUCAGAGACCUCCACAGACUCACAGACCUCCACAGACUCACAGACCUCCACAGACUCAAAGACCUCCACAGACUCAGAGACCUCCACAGACCUCCACAGACUCACAGACCUCCACAGACUCAGAGACCUCCAGAGACUCACAGACCUCCACAGACUCAGAGACCUCCACAGACUCACAGACCUCCACAGACUCACAGACCUCCACAGACUCACAGACCUCCACAGACUCACAGACCUCCACAGACUCAGAGACCUCCACAGACUCACAGACCUCCAGAGACUCAGAGACCUCCACAGACUCACAGACCUCCACAGACUCAGAGACCUCCAGAGACUCACAGACCUCCACAGACUCAGAGACCUCCACAGACUCAGAGACCUCCACAGACUCAGAGACCUCCACAGACUCACAGACCUCCACAGACUCACAGACCUCCACAGACUCAAAGACCUCCACAGACUCAGAGACCUCCACAGACUCACAGACCUCCACAGACUCACAGACCUCCACAGACUCACAGACCUCCACAGACUCACAGACCUCCACAGACUCAGAGACCUCCACAGACUCACAGACCUCCACAGACUCAGAGACCUCCACAGACUCACAGACCUCCACAGACUCAGAGACCUCCACAGACUCAGAGACCUCCAGAGACUCAGAGACCUCCACAGACUCACAGACCUCCACAGACUCAGAGACCUCCACAGACUCACAGACCUCCACAGACUCAGAGACCUCCACAGACUCACAGACCUCCACAGACUCACAGACCUCCACAGACUCAGAGACCUCCACAGACUCACAGACCUCCACAGACUCAGAGACCUCCACAGACUCAGAGACCUCCACCGACUCAGAGACCUCCACAGAGACUCACAGACCUCCACAGACUCAGAGACCUCCACAGACUCAGAGACCCCCACAGACUCACAGACCUCCACAGACUCACAGACCUCCACAGACUCACAGACCUCCACAGACUCAGAGACCUCCACAGACUCACAGACCUCCACAGACUCAGAGACCUCCACAGACUCAGAGACCUCCACAGACUCACAGACCUCCACAGACUCAGAGACCUCCACAGACUCACAGACCUCCACAGACUCAGAGACCUCCACAGACUCAGAGACCUCCACCGACUCAGAGACCUCCACAGAGACUCACAGACCUCCACAGACUCAGAGACCUCCACAGACUCAGAGACCCCCACAGACUCACAGACCUCCACAGACUCACAGACCUCCACAGACUCACAGACCUCCACAGACUCAGAGACCUCCACAGACUCACAGACCCCCACAGACUCACAGACCUCCACAGACUCACAGACCUCCACAGACUCACAGACCUCCACAGACUCAGAGACCUCCAGAGACUCAGAGACCUCCACAGACUCACAGACCUCCACAGACUCACAGACCUCCACAGACUCAGAGACCUCCACAGACUCACAGACCUCCACAGACUCAGAGACCUCCACAGACUCAGAGACCUCCACAGACUCAGAGACCUCCACAGACUCACAGACCUCCAACCAUCUGUCUUCUCAACAGGAUCAGUAAGAAUAUAA